AUGGACUCGGCCGCCCCCGCGCUUCCAACUCAGGGCCGCGACCUGCUCCUCACCGCCCUCUCCACCUCCUCCACUGCGUUUGGCGCUCCCCACUCCGCCCCCACCAACAUGGACGACAUGCUCAUGGCCUCGUCCUCCGCCUCCACGUCCGCCGUCCUGACCCACGAAGUGCACUGGGAAGGGUACGUGCGUAAAAAGGGCGACUGGCUCCCUCGCUGGGAGGAGCGGUACCUCAUCCUGGAUGGCCCAACGCUGACGUACUACAACUCGAAGGAAGACGCGCGGAGUGCGCGGAAUCUCCGCGGUCGCAUGCUGUUGCUCAAGGUCCGCCCGGAGAAUUACGGCAAAGCGCACGGCUUUUUCCUCGAGACGCAGAGUCACAAACACUUUCACUUGUGCUGCUCUUCCGAGCUGGAGAAGGACAUGUGGGUCGAGAUGAUGCAAGCAGCUAUUGAAGAAGGCACGAAGCACGGCGGAACGCUCUCGAUGGAGGGACUCGAGGCACUGCAGAUACAGUCGAGUCCGACGCAAGUGGAUCUCCGAGGCUUUUACUUUGCUUUCCGCCAAUUGCUCAUCUCCCACUCGUCGUCGCCGCAGUUUUUCCCGAAAUUGUCGAGAGACGUGGUUCUCACGUCGAAUUACGCACCGACCGUGCCCUUCUGGGGGGAGUACCAUGGACUUGACGGUGUGCUGCAUUUCUUUUCCAUCUUGUACGAGACAGUGGAGAUUACGGCCUUUUUUGUGACGGAUAUCGCGCAAGCGAAGGAAGGGUGUACGGCUGUUGUUGCGGGUCGAGAGACCAUGAAGAAUCGAGACAAUGGACGCAAGUUCACACAGCAGUGGCAGCACACGAUCGAGUUUGCACCGGACGGACGGGUCAAGAGUCUGACUAUCUCGGCAGACCCGAUUGCUGCCUCGGCGGUCUUUGGCUGCAACGCGACGUCGAGUUUGUCGCUGCCGAUGACUGCAGUUGUGGGUAAUACAGUCCAUGACAAUCCGGCAGGAAGACUUCACGUUGUUGUGUUCCGUGGUGAGCAGAUUUCGGACCAGGGAUUCAUUGACGAGGACGAGCAGACGGACGGAUCGGGGGCUGACGACGACAAGCGGGCGUCGAUUCGUCGUAUUUUCUUGGGACUGCGCUUGGUGACAGAUGGAAAGACGAAUGUAUAUGCACCGACGGCGUCUGCAAACUGUGUGGCACGAACACGUACGUGCGACCCAGUGGAAGCGCGAGAUCCCAAGUGGAAUUCGAAGCAUGAGAUUUCAUUCGCUGGAUCUUCGAGAGGUAAGCCAUGCUUCAUCUUGAUUGAAGCGUGGGAAGUGAUGGACGGCGAUGGAACUGUCGAGGCUUUAGAGCAUGUCGUUGGUGUUGCUAAGGUGAAUCUUGCGCCAUUUCUGGCGUUGGCCAGUACAUCGCGAACAGUUCGGGAGAGUGUGAUACACACUGACAUCGCUCGAGGUGCUGUCCCGCAGUGGUACACGUUAUUGUCUGCGAACGAGGCCAAGUUUACUUGUGGACGAGUACAGCUCAGCAUCAGCUUUGAAGCUUCAAUGGCCUCGUUUGCUGCGAUGUCUCGCUCAAACCUUGCUGCGUCGAGAAGCGUUAUUGAGGCGAAUUCGCCCGAUUUGGAUCCGAAUGCGCCAACGCCGCAUGUGCGUCCGUCAGGAUCAACAGCGCAGUCGAUGAGUCACCGCGUUGCGCUGGCCCGUGGUUGUUCUUUCCGCGAUAUCAAGCGAGAUAAUCAUCAGUUUCGGGUGGGAAACACAAACUUUGAUGUUCCGAAGCGUUAUCAAAUGAUUAAGGCGGUGGGUCAAGGUGCAUACGGCUGUGUGAUUGCUGCUAGUGAUACGGAGACGGGUCAAGCACUAGCGAUCAAGAACAUCCCGAACGCUUUCAAUGAUCUCAUUGACGCAAAGCGCAUCCUGCGCGAAAUCCGUCUGAUGCGCCAUUUGAACCACCCGAACUUGGUGAAUUUGCUCGAUCUGCUUCGGCCCCCGACAUUGCAAGAGUUCAAUGACGUUUACAUUGUGACAGAUCUUAUGGAAACCGACCUGCAUCGUGUUAUCCAUUCGAAUCAAUCGAUUAGCGAUGAUCACGUGCAGUAUUUCUUGUAUCAGAUGCUGGUUGCUAUCAACUACGUGCACUCUGCUGAGGUGCUGCACCGCGACUUGAAGCCAUCAAACAUUUUGGUCAACUCGGAUUGCGAUUUGAAGCUGUGCGAUUUUGGCCUCGCUCGUGGCAUUCAGGGCAUGGACUCGGGUCUUACAGAGUACGUCGUCACCAGGUGGUACCGCGCCCCCGAACUGCUGCUGUCAUCGAAGUAUGAUAAACAGAUGGACGUGUGGGCCAUUGGAUGUAUUUUGGCAGAGAUGCUUGGACGGCGGCCUCUUUUUCCAGGCCAUGAUUAUUUGCACCAGCUAAAGAUUAUCAUGGACGUUGUCGGGUCACCGUCAGAGGACUCGCUAGAUUUCAUCACUAACCCCAAAGCGAAGCGGUUUAUCUUGCGUCAGCCAAAAAAGCCGAAGGUACCGCUGUCAUCCGUUUACCCGCGUGCUACACCGCAUUGUCUUGAUCUGCUCGAGAAGAUGCUAAUAUUCGAUCCACGGAAGCGCAUUACGAUCCAAGAUGCCCUUGCGCAUCCGUACAUAAGCUUGGUGCGCGAUCGAUCCGUGGAGAAGACAUGUCCAUCGCCAUUUGAUUUCGCAUUCGAGAAUUCUGACUUGACUAAGCAGAAGCUGCAGGAAUUAAUUUUUGAGGAUGUUUGCGCCUUCCACCCGGACGCUCGCAUCCAUGAUCCAGUUGUACCAGCGACUGCUUCUGUCGUGAGCAAUGCUCCGAGUCGAUCUCAAGGCCACCCUAGAGCUGGUUCAAUUUCAGAUUCAAGCUCCAGGAGAUCAAACACGCCGGUCGCGGUUUCCGCCUCUGCUCAAGCUGUGGCUACAUUGAUGUCUGUGCCUCCCGCUCCAGUUUCGUUUGUGGACCCGCCGGGCCUGUCCGUUUUGGCACAGACGUCUCCAGUCGUGGAAGAUGCAAUGUCCAUUGAGCGACCAUUAGCGGAAGCACGAUCGUCUUCUUCGGUUGCAUUACUGGACCGUAAUGCGACGUGCGUUCAUGAAUCACGGGCCUCUGAGACACCUUUAGAGUCUCCGGUUACACCAAAAGCAUCAACGUUCGGUGCACCGAGCACGCUAGCUUCAUUGCCUUCAUUAGUGCCUUCAAUGUCAAAUGAAGCCAUGACACACGAGUCAACACUGGCACCUGUGCACGAACGAAGUGCUCAGGCAGAAAUUACCAUCGAGAUUAUGCAGACGCCAGCUCACACUGCCGAAAUGUCGACUGUAGCAGCAGCAGAAGCAUCUCUGGAUGACAUUGGAAGCACCCUUAUUCACAAUGUAUCAGUAACAGAAUCCGCGGUCGCGGAUGGUACCAACGAAGCCGCUGACCAUGACGUACCUGACAGCACAAGCAGCAACAGUAGCGGCAGCGAUGGCGAGGGUUUGCUUGCAAACGUGCACGAGUUUGACGGCGAAAGUGAGAUGUCGACCUCGCCGAAAAGACAGGUGCUGCAGCAGUCCAAGUCUCUCCUCACGCCGUCAUCAGUGGUGUAA